AUGAAAUAUUUACGAUUUGAUUUGAGAAAAACGCGUAAUACGCGUUUAUAUACAGACAAGUUUGCAAUGGUUUCUGAUAUAUGGAAUAAAUUCAUAGAAAACUGUGAAAUGUGUUACAUUCCUGGUGAAAAUAUGACUGUUGAAGAACAGUUAUUUCCAUCGAAAACACGUUAUCGUUUUUUGCAAUACAUUACAAAUAAACCUGAUAAAUUUGGAAUCAAGUUUUUGUUAUUAGUGAAUGUUGAGAGAAAAUAUCUAUGUGGUGGCUUUCCUUAUUUAGGAAAAGAUGUUGAGCGCCUAAUACUAUACGAUAUUUCAUUACCAGAACAUGUAGUUAUGAAACUGUUAAUACCGUAUCUCUAA